GUGUGAAUGAUAGCAGAGCGUCCGUCCGUACAUAUCAAACACGACGUGCAUCCCAUUGCUACUACACUGCAUGAUGUUGGUACAUUCGUAUGAAAACUGAAUGAAAACUGAACGUGGUGCACAUGGUGGUGGUGUAAAUUUCGAUGAUAGAUGAUGUUGGUGACCUAAAUCAUCUGUUUAAUCAACACAAAAUUUAUAUCUUGAUUACAACAAUAACGUAUGAACUAUGGCAAGCAGUGAGGAGAAAAAGAUUGAGCACCAAAUGAAGCAGGACUCGCAUGGCAAAAACAACGCAUCAACAGCACCAAUGACUACUGUCUCUAACACAACAUCUGCUUCAAAUCUACCAAAGAAACCUAACUACACUUUGAAAUUUACUCUUGCUGGGCACACCAAGGCAGUAUCUUCAGUCAAAUUUAGUCCAAACGGAGAAUGGCUGGCAAGUUCUUCUGCCGACAAAUUGAUCAAAAUAUGGGGUGCAUAUGAUGGCAAAUUUGAGAAGACAGUUUCCGGCCACAAAUUGGGAAUUUCUGAUGUUGCUUGGUCCAGUGAUUCGCGUCUUCUUGUUUCCGCUUCAGAUGAUAAAACUCUUAAAGUGUGGGAUUUUAACACAGGAAAGUGUUUGAAGACAUUGAAGGGUCAUAGCAACUAUGUUUUCUGUUGUAACUUCAACCCACAAUCUAACCUGAUUGUGUCGGGCUCGUUUGAUGAGAGUGUACGAAUCUGGGAUGUGAAAACUGGCAAGUGUUUGAAGACCCUUCCUGCUCACUCAGAUCCAGUAUCUGCUGUGGAUUUCAAUCGUGAUGGCUCUCUGAUUGUUUCAAGUAGUUAUGAUGGACUUUGUCGCAUCUGGGAUACUGCAUCAGGCCAGUGCUUGAAGACAUUGAUUGAUGAUGACAACCCUCCUGUAUCAUUUGUCAAAUUUUCACCCAAUGGCAAAUAUAUUCUUGCUGCUACAUUAGACAACACAUUGAAGUUAUGGGACUACAGUAAAGGCAAAUGUUUGAAGACAUACACAGGGCACAAAAAUGAGAAGUAUUGUAUCUUUGCAAACUUUUCAGUCACAGGAGGAAAGUGGAUAGUGUCAGGGUCUGAAGACAACAUGGUGUACAUCUGGAAUCUACAAACCAAGGAGAUUGUACAGAAACUGCAAGGACAUACUGAUGUGGUAUUGUGCACAGCAUGUCAUCCUACAGAGAAUCUAAUUGCAUCGGCAGCACUAGAAAAUGAUAAAACAAUUAAAAUAUGGCGUUCUGACUGUUAACACUCGUCAUGAAUGCAAUGUAUAUUAGACAAAGCUUGGUGACCUCUAUGGAAGCUUUCAUUCUGGGAGGCAGUUGAGGGUAGUUGUAAAGGCAACAUGCCUUGAAAUGGAGUUGUGAACUUUACAGGUUGAAGUACAUUUGAGUUCCACUACAGGAUAUGCACAUAGUAUGAGCUUUGGUACUGGUUGUAUGUAAAAAGGAACAUGGAAGGUUUCUUGUUGUAAUGCCAGCCUUGUCCAAUACAUUCACAUAGUAUGAGCUUUGGUACUGGUUGUAUGUAAAAAGGAACAUGGAAGGUUUCUUGUUGUAAUGCCAGCCUUGUCCAAUACAUUCACAUAGUAUGAGCUUUGGUACUGGUUGUAUGUAAAAAGGAACAUGUCAGGUUUCUUGUUGGAGUGCCAGCCUUGUCCAAUACAGAUUUUUGUAUGACUUUGAACACACACUGACUGAUGAUUGAGACUACUUGAAGUAAUUCAAUGGGAGAGACACCGUUGUAGUUAUUUUGAGCUCAGCUUGUGACUGUCUGCUAUCUACAUGUACAUGUAGAAACCAUUAAUAUACACAUAAUGAAUGUUUAUGAGUGCAAUGGUGCGAAUAUGUU